GCAAGCAUGUAUGGAGUCUUGGAAGAACCAUGGAGCUGCCUUCCAUGGUGCUGUGAGGGAGAGGAUCAUGUGGCGUAUGGAAGAAGUGGGAGAGGAUGAGAUCGAGAGGGGAGGCUUGGAGAGAAGGGAAAAGGGAGAGGAUGAGAGAGAAAAAGAGGCAUCCAUCCAUCGGGUAAGAGAGAGAAUGGGUGAGGAACCAGGCAGUAGCAGGGGGGGAAAGAAGGAGGUGAGAUGGAAACUGUUGCCCAUGGGUUGGAAUUGGUUGGGCGUAAAAUGCAGGGAUGGUAAAUUCGAGGCGGCUGUGUAUGAUGAAAACUCCCCUUCCAAACUUGCGAUAAAGAGUUUCAAUACCAGAGUUGAGGCCUCUCGUUUAUGUGGGGAGUCUUGGAAGAACCAUGAAGAUUCCUUCAGACAUGCCUUGAGGGAGCGGAUCAUGUGGCGUAUGGAAGAAGUGGGAGAGGGUGAGAGAGAAAGGGGAGGAGUGGAAGAGGAUGAGAGAGAAAGUGGAGGAGAAAGAAAGCUUCGAGAGAAGGGAAAUGGUAAGCUUGGUCAGAAGGGAGUGGGAGAGGAUGAGAGAGAAAGUGGAGGAGAGAGAGAGGUUGGAGAGAAUGGAAAGGGAGAGGAUGAGAAAGAAAGUGGGGGAGUGAGAGGGCUUGGAGAGAAGGGGAAAGGGGUGAAGAAGAAGAAGGGCCUGUCUCAGAAGAUCAAAGAUGGCUUCAAGAAGAUGUUGGUUUUCAAGUCUAAAAGGAUAAGAAGAAGGACGAGGAUUGAGGAAAGAGAAAAGACACAUAGAAAUAUGGAAACUGUAUAAGAGAAAUGAUGAUGCCCACCACCAUGGUUGCCUGAGAUUUAGCUGUCAAUCAACUUUGCUUUCGCAUUCAUUCAUAUAACUCUUACAUGUUCUUUUUCUGUUUUCUAUCUUUUUUUUCUUCUUUUUUUUUUUUUU